ACUCUAGUGUUGUGCCUACAUUCACGAACAUGACACUUUUAAGAAAUUUGGCUGUGCUUACUCUAGUAGUUGCAACAUUUGCUCAAGACUAUUAUGAUGAUGAACCUCAGCCUGCUCCUAGACCUAGACCUGCACCUGCGAGAGUUCAACCUAACUACUCAGGACCAUCAGCACCCAGACCAACACCGGUUCCAAUUCUUAAGCAGAUAAAUAGGCACAACGAAGAUGGGUCAUAUACUUAUGGAUACGAAUCAGCAGAUGGUACAUUCAAAAUAGAAACCAAAUUACCCACUGGGAUGUAAAAGGAAAAUAUGGAUAUAUUGACGACACCGGUAAAGUCCGUGUUGUAGAAUAUGGUGCCACCAAAUAUGGUUUCGAUCCCAGUGGAGAAGGUAUAACUGUUCCACCACCAACACUAGUCGAUGAAUCUCAAAAAGAAGGUCCACAAGAUGUCGACUAUUAUGAGCCACAACCCUCAACCACAAAUUCCAAUAAGAAAAGCGACAAUCGCAAGACCAAGACCUCAGCCUCAACCUCAACAACAGCAAACUUUCGAAGACUAUUCUCCUCCACAACAAUUUGAACCUGCACCAGCUCCCGCUCGUCCAGCUCCAUCGCAAUCAAAUUUCGAUUUCGACUUUGGACCAGCAUCUCGUCCAUCACCAGCAAGGUCAUUCGCUCCAGCACCAGCUCCCGCACCCCGUCCUCGACCUUUGCAGAUUCCUGGUGCACGCCCCUCUCCUAUCGAUGAUGGGUUUGGUCCAGCUCCGGCAUCAGUCACUAGAACUCAACCAAGAGUAACCUACGCUCAACCAGCUCCAAUUCCUUCGAGACCAGCGCCAUCAUACGAUAUACCCUCUGCCAGGUUCGCUCCUGCUCCUGCUCCUGCACCAAGGCCUGCGCCUGUUUAUCAACCAAGGCCCGCACCCUCUGUUCCAGUGGCAGGAAGGUCAGGAGGAAUUUUGGACCAGUUAAGUAAGGACUACGCUUUACCGUCAGAUGGAGCUGCACCUUUACAUGAUAUUAGUUUUGGGUACUAUUAAAGAUAAUAGGAAUAUUUUUAUUUAAUUUAAAUUUGAAAAUAAUAUUAAGCAGAAGCGUUAUAUUUAGACUGAGUCUAUGUGUUAACAUCAUAUGACUGAAAUUUGUCUUCAGUUUUUUGUAAAUUAUUGUUUAACUAAUAUAACUAAGAAUUAUUUGU